AUGGCCGACCCAAGCACUGUCCAUGCCUUUUCUCCAUGUCCUCUGGUAUGUGCUGAGGGGGCUAACUCUGGGAAAGUCAGUCUUGUAUUGUAGGUGGCCUACAGAGGACAUUCAUUCAACUCUGUCAAGACUUUCUUUGUGCAGUACUUUCUCGUGGAGUCGCCAAGCACUAGUAUAGUAUAAGGACCGUAGGGCCAUUAACAUACUAGCAACCAUGCAUGUUCAGACACUCCAAGAUCUUCAGAGACUUGAAUGUAAUUUUAGCUUGUUGCUUCUCUUUUGUAGUGUGGACCACAUAUCCUGUCCAUUGCUUAUCCUUCAUGCCGAGGAUGACUCAGUCGUGCCCUUUCAUCUAGGGAAGAAGGUAUCCCUUUUACUUUGGGCUUCAUAAAAGUCAUCCACAUCAUCGCGACCUCGCACAGCCUUCAUCUGGUCCUCCUUUUGCAGAGGACACAGGAAACUAUUUGAUCUACCAAAAAAAACAAAGUUCAUUUCAUAGAUGAUUUAAUACAGGUCAUUAAUAUCCUGUGCAAUAUAUAUAUAUAUAUAUAUAUAUAUAUAUAUAUAUAUAUAUAUAUAUAUAUAUAUGUAUAUGUGUGUGUGUGUAUAUAUAUAUAUAUAUAUAUAUAUAUAUAUGUGUGUGUGUGUGUGUGUGUGUGUAUAUAUAUGUAUAGGUAUAUACAGUGGAGAGAACAAGUAUUUGAUACACUGCCGAUUUUGCAGGUUUUCCUACUUACAAAGCAUGUAGAGGUCUGUAAUUUUUAUCAUAGGUACACUUCAACUGUGAGAGACGGAAUCUAAAACAAAAAUCCAGAAAAUCACAUUGUAUGAUUUUUAAGUAAUUAAUUUGCAUUUUAUUGCAUGACAUAAGUAUUUGAUCACCUACCAACCAGUAAGAAUUCCGGCUCUCACAGACCUGUUAGUUUUUCUUUAAGAAGCCCUCCUGUUUUCCACUCAUUACCUGUAUUACCUAAACAUGUUUGAACUCGUUACCUGUAUAAAAGACACCUGUCCACACACUCAAUCAAACAGACUCCAACCUCUCCACAAUGGCCAAGACCAAAGAGCUGUGUAAGGACAUCAGGGAUAAAAUUGUAGACCUGCACAAGGCUGGGAUGGGCUACAGGACAAUAGGCAAGCAGCUUGGUGAGAAGGCAACAACUGUUGGCUCAAUUAUUAGAAAAUGGAAGAAGUUCAAGAUGACGGUCAAUCACCCUCGGUCUGGGGCUCCAUGCAAGAUCUCACCUCGUGGGGCAUCAAUGAUCAUGAGGAAGGUGAGGGAUCAGCCCAGAACUGCACGGCAGGACCUGGUCAAUGACCUGAAGAGAGCUGGGACCACAGUCUCAAAGAAAACCAUUAGUAACACACUACGCCGUCAUGGAUUAAAAUCCUGCAGCGCACGCAAGGUCCCCCUGCUCAAGCCAGCGCAUGUCCAGGCCCGUCUGAAGUUUGACAAUGACCAUCUGGAUGAUCCAGAGGAGGAAUGGGAGAAGGUCAUGUUGUCUGAUGAGACAAAAAUAGAGCUUUUUGGUCUAAACUCCACUCGCCGUGUUUGGAGGAAGAAGAAGGAUGAGUACAACCCCAAGAACACCAUCCCAACCAUGAAGCAUGGAGGUGGAAACAUCAUUCUUUGGGGAUGCUUUUCUGCAAAGGGAACAGGACAACUGCACCGUAUUGAGGGGAGGAUGGAUGGGGCCAUGUAUCGCGAGAUCUUGGCCAACAACCUCCUUCCCUCAGUAAGAGCAUUGAAGAUGGGUCGUGGCUGGGUCUUCCAGCAUGACAACGACCCGAAACACACAGCCAGGGCAACUAAGGAGUGGCUCCGUAAGAAGCAUCUCAAGGUCCUGGAGUGGCCUAGCCAGUCUCCAGACCUGAACCCAAUAGAACAUCUUUGGAGGGAGCUGAAAGUCCGUAUUGCCCAGCGACAGCCCCGAAACCUGAAGGAUCUGGAGAAGGUCUGUAUGGAGGAGUGGGCCAAAAUCCCUGCUGCAGUGUGUGCAAACCUGGUCAAGACCUACAGGAAACGUAUGAUCUCUGUAAUUGCAAACAAAGGUUUCUGUACCAAAUAUAAAAUUCUGCUUUUCUGAUGUAUCAAAUACUUAUGUCAUGCAAUAAAAUGCAAAUUAAUUACUUAAAAAUCAUACAAUGUGAUUUUUUGGAUUUUGAUGAUUCAGAGGAGAACUGGGUGAAAGUGUUGUGGUCAGAUGAGACCAAAAUCGAGCUCUUUGGCAUCAACUCAACUCGACGUGUUUGGAGGAGGAGGAAUGCUGCCUAUGACCCCCAAGAACACCAUCCCCACCGUCAAACAUGGAGGUGGAAACAGUAUGCUUUGGGUGUGUUUUUCUGCUAAGGGGACAGGACAACUUCACCGCAUCAAAGGGACGAUGGACGGCACCAUGUACCGUCAAAUCUUGGGUGAGAACCUCCUUCCCUCAGCCAGGGCAUUGAAAAUGGCCCAAAACACCCGGCCAAGGCAACAAAGGAGUGGCUCAAGAAGAAGCACAUUAAGGUCCUGGGGUGGCCUAGCCAGUCUCCAGACCUUAAUCCCAUAGAAAAUCUGUGGCGGGAGCUGAAGGUUCGAGUUGCCAAACGUCAGCCUCGAAACCUUAAUGACUUGGAGAAGAUCUGCAAAGAGGAGUGGGACAAAAUCCCUCCUGAGAUGUGUGCAAACCUGGUGGCCAACUACAAGAAACGUCUGACCUCUGUGAUUGCCACAAGGGUUUUGCCACCAAGUACUAAAUCAUGUUUUGCAGAGGGGUCAAAUACUUAUUUCCCUCAUUAAAAUGCAAAUCAAUUUAUAACAUUUUUGACAUGCGUUUUUCUGGAUUUUUUUGUUGUUAUUCUGUCUUUGUCAGUGGGCAAACGUACAUAUCAGCAGGGGAUCAAAUACUUUUUUCCCUCACUAUAUGUAUGUAUCUAUGUAUGUAUGACUCCCAAAAUUUAUGAUUUAAAAAAUCAUAUUUUGAAAAUCAAUUCUGUAUAUGCCAGUAUUAAUUUCAGCUUAGUUGUUAAGUUCGAACCUCGGAGCAAAUUAAACUUCAAUCAUGACAAGUUUUAUUUAAAGGGAUAGUUUGGGAUUUUUUGUAGACUUUAUCUACUUCCCCAGAGUCCGAUGUACUCGUGGAUACCAUUUUUAUGUGUCAGCAUCCAUUAUGAAUGAAUUUGGAGGUAGUUUCGCGAGUCAAUGCUAACUAACAUUAGCACAAUGACUGGAAGCAUGCUAGCUAUUCCCAUAGACUUCCAGUCAUUGCGCUAACAUUAGUUAGCAUUGGCUCGUGAAACUACCUCCAACUUAAUUCAUACUGGACACAGACAUUAAAAUGGUAUCCACAAGUUCAUCUGACUAUGGGGAAGUUGAUAAAGGACUUCAUUGCCAAAAUUCCAAACUAUCCCUUUCAUUUACAGACUCAGAUUUGAGUCACGCUACUGUAUUAUAGCAGUGAAGGAAAACACAGAAAUGGAAUUCAUUUGAUUUUUUUUUAUUACUAUUCUGUUUUUAAUUUAUUGGUAAUCUAUUUCAUUGGCUUUAAAACAAUUUAAUAAAAUGAACCCCUCAAAUGUUCAUCACUACUAAUGCUCUGUAGCACAGAACAGUCAUAGUUCACAGCAGGGCCAGGUCUAUUUGCUAUUCUUUUAAACUGGACCGAACACAAGCCUCCCAUAACUCCAUUGUGUUUGGCUCCUUCCCCCUUUCAGCUGUACGACAUUGCUUCCAAGUCCAAGAGCCUGAGUGGACACAAGCUCCAGUUCAUCCCCUUUCCUGUCUCUCUGGCCUACAAGCACAAGUUCAUUUACAGGAGUCCUGAGCUGCCACACAUACUCAGGUAAAGCAGCUAGACCAGCUGCGCACAUAUACACAGUAGUAAGGAGUGUUUCACUGUUGACAAUUUGUGUCUUGACCUUAGGCCAACUGAGUAGAAAUUAUUAAAUGUAGGCAAUUAGUUGUACAGUAGGUGUCUACUUUCUUAGCCUCCUUUGUACUGAGUUGUGCUAAACGUAAUUCUGUUUGAUUUAAUUUUUCUUCCAGUGACUUCCUUGGCACGACUCAUCCCCAUGCAUAACUGACGAGAACAUUUCGACCUGUCCAUUGUUUCCUCUUACACCACCCUCACACACACACAUUCUCUGGCACACACACUGAAACUCUUCCACUGUAUGCUUUAUGGUUGGUGUGUACAUAUCUCAUAAAACAUUGAAAUGUACACGCAUGGACUGAAGAAGAUGCAUCCAUUCCUUUAUUUAGCAUUCCUUUGACACCUAAAAUUCCUGCAAGACAUAAAUGGAACACUGGCAAAGAGAGAAGGAUGGACAACUGGCUUGGCAUGUUGUCAAGGUUACACAAACCAAGAGGAUGGCUUGAGCACAAAGAAGAUGAAAUAUGCACACAUUUUAAGGAGCCAAGACGUCAAACCUCAUGGAGUGGGAAGAACAGUGGAUCGAGCAGGGAAGCAGUGUUUUUAAUUGCUAAAUGUUUGGGGUUAUAUACAUUCACCCACAGGGCGAGGAAGGAGAAGGGUCUUCAUUUUACAACUAAUCUGCAGCUAAGAGCAAAUUAUCUGUCAAUACCAGUCCAGUGGAUCUUUUAACCUGUUUAUUUUCCCAAUUUUAUUUUUGUUGUUACAUUACCGAUCAUGAUUUAAAUGUCUAUCUUUUAUAUUUGACUGAUCUCAGAUAAGAAGUUUUGGACUCUUAACUUUUUUCUAUUUAAGGAAAUAUAUAACGUGAAUUAAAUAUGAUACAUUUGAUCAAAUAUUGGUUUUGGGCUUGACAGUAUCAUUAUUUGCCUUCUAAAAGAGAAGACUGGUCACUUUAUUUUAGAACCCCUUAGGACGCUUCAGGGCAAGCUCAUGAAUUUUAAGAUAUCAGGGAGGAAAUUAACUGAAGAGCUAAGGUUUAAGAAAUAUGGUUUCCACUUGCCAAUUAUAGCCUACCUCUCAAAGCAAAAAUACCAUAUUAAUGAUCCGGUGCAUAGUAAAGUGUUUACCCAAGCUGAGAAGACAUAAUGGAAAUGUCCAUUUUAAUUCCAAAUCUUAGUGCUAAAACACGUUCACCCUCCUCUUUGCCAGUGUAACCGGUGUGAAAUGGCUAGCUAGUUAGCGGUGCGCACUAGUAGCGUUUCAAUUGGUGACAUCACUCGCUCUGAGACCUUGAAGUAGUUGUUUCCCUUGCUCUGCAAGGGCCGCGGCUUUUGUGGAGCGAUGGGUAACGGUGCUUCAAGGGUGACUGUUGUUGAUGUGUGCAGAGGGUCCCUGGUUCAAGCCCAGGUAGGGGCGAGGAGAGGGACGGAAGCAACAUUGUUACA